AUGUUCCAAAGACGAGCUCUGUCCUUCGCUUUCGCGAGAAGACAUGUCGUCACAGCAGUUAGAAGAGCAGUUCCCAACGUCAGGCCGUCUGUUUCUUCACUAAGUAACGAAAACACUGAACCGGUGCCCCUGCCAAGAAGAGAAGCCCCAGCUACUACGGCUAAAUCUAGCGGGUAUGGGAAACCCUUGAGCGAUGCUUUCAAAGGAUAUUCCUUGGAGAGCAAAGCUCCGGUACUUGACCACCCGGGACAACAACAAGGAAUCAACUGGGCGGUUUCCUUCCAUGGGCUCGGUUCCCGUCCAUUUGAAGACGUUGUGCAAGUAGAACUCAGCAAACCUAUUGCAUCCGAAGAUAUCGAGAUAAAACCUGACGGUUUGAUAUAUCUCCCGGAGAUCAAGUAUCGCCGCAUCCUGAACAAGACGUUUGGAGCCGGUGGCUGGGGUUUGGUCCCCAGAUCCGAGACAAGCGUAACUGACAAACUUGUCACGAGAGAGUACGCCCUAGUGUGCCAUGGCCAACUGGUGAGUUUAGCGCGCGGCGAACAGGAUUACUUUGCUGACUCAGGCAUUCCAACAGCUACAGAAGGCUGCAAAAGUAACGCACUAAUGAGAUGUUGCAAAGAUUUAGGCAUUGGGUCGGAGCUUUGGGACCCUGUAUUCAUCAAGAGUUUCAAAAAGACACACUGUACAGACAAGUUUGUGGAGCAUGUAACUACGAAGAAAAAGCGGAAAAUAUGGUUGCGCAAAGACCGGGAAGUUGAAUAUCCUUACAAAUAG